CGGUGGUGUUAGCGGCAGCUGCAGCAGAGCAUCUGAGGAGAUGUCUCACACCAUUUUGCUGGUACAGCCUACCAAGAGGCCAGAAGGCAGGACUUAUGCAGACUAUGAGUCUGUGAAUGAGUGCAUGGAAGGUGUUUGUAAGAUGUAUGAAGAACAUCUGAAAAGAAUGAAUCCCAACAGCCCCUCCAUCACAUACGAUAUCAGUCAGUUGUUUGAUUUUAUUGAUGAUCUGGCAGAUCUCAGCUGUCUUGUUUACCGAGCUGAUACACAGACGUACCAGCCUUAUAACAAAGACUGGAUCAAAGAGAAGAUCUACGUGCUCCUUCGUCGACAGGCCCAACAAGCUGGGAAGUAGUUGAGUCGGAAGCAUUAGGGGCUGGGGGUGGGCUUGGAACAGGUGCUUACAGCGUGCUGUAGUGAACAUUUUGUAUGAUAGUAAUCCUGUUUCCAUUUUGUUAUGCUAGAGCCAAGAUUGAAUGUAUGACAUGGAACAUGAAUGAUAUUUUCAUUCUGAAAACCACCAUUAUUGCCCCUUUACUCUUUUUCUUUUUUUUUUACUUAAACAUUUUUAUGAUAAUUCAGAGAGAGUGUUCUUUGCCAUUUAAGGUUGGUUCCAGUCCUUGAAACUGUUGGUGUCUGCUUUACAGCAGUGAGUGCACUAACCCCUUGUGAGGGGUGGGGUAGUGACAAGCUUAGUUAUGUCCUCUG